AUGUUUUUAGGAGGUUACGCAGGUGCAAAUAAAGAUAUUACACCAGAUUUUCUCAACGCAAGAGAUGGUUCCACGUUUAGAUCAGGUCGAGUAAGGAAUGAAUCCUCAGAUACGGCGCAAUUACUGAAUCAUUCUUAUCAACCUGAGUCACCACUGGAUGAAAUCUUCAAGAGAUCGAGCUACAUCAAGAAAAGAAUGCGAGAAUGCCAAAGCCGCAUUAAAGAACUGAAACCGAUUCAAAAUAAAUGUUUAGAACAAAAUUUUGAAAUCAAAACCGACCUUUUAGCGAAUGUUAGUAAGUCAUCUCAAGAAAUAUCAUCAAUCUUGGAAGAUAUCAACAACAGUUUAAACGCUCUGACGGUAUAUUCCUCUCCUCAGUACCCAGACAGAGAAAUGAUCGUUAAAAACAUACAUCAUUCUCUCUUUGAUGAAUAUAAGAAAUUAAAUCACAAGUUUAAACUGCAACAAACAACUUUCCAGACACAAUAUUACAGUCGUGAGUCUCAGAAGAAAAAUGAGACCAAUUUAUUGAUCGACCUCGAAGGUCUUUAUACAGGAAAUGAUGCACCAAGUCAGAGAACGCUAGAAACCCAACAAAGACAAAGUAAUAACGAAUUGGAAGAAUUAGUACGAAGAGCAAGGGAAGUUCAACAGCUUUUCUCUGAUCUAGCAACAAUUAUCGUUGAACAAGGAACAAUUAUUGAUAGAAUUGAUUAUAAUAUUUCAGAAGCUUUGACAAACGCUCAGAAGGGACACGAAGAAGUCCAAGAAGCAGAAAAAUACCAAAAAGGAUCGAAGAUGUGGAUUUGCGCAAUUAUUAUGGGUAUUUUAGUAUUUAUUCUUUUUAUUGCAGCUUUAUUUAAGUAA